AUGCUGAGUACCAGUCUCCUGGUUGUGCCACGUUCUGAGCUCAGCUGUCGCCAGCCGUUGCAGCUGCCCACACCCGUGAGGUCUGGCACACGUCGGUUCUGCACACGCGCUGAGCAUAUAGGCGGCACAGCCUCCCGCACCUACAACAUGUUGGAGUCCAAAUCUACAGAGCGGUUGAUCAACUCGUUCCCUAUGUUUGGUCAUCCUGGCAUUAGUGCGCUCGAGUACGCCGGAACGCUUGCUGAAUCCAAAGAAAAGAACCGCAGGGCCAGUGUUGCUUCAGCAAGCCUGAAGCGCAAGUCCACCGCCGAGACGCACAACGAAAACACUAAAGCGAAGACGCCUGCAGCUACGGGAAAGUUCGAGACCGCCUUGCCACUCGCUCCUGUGCAUUAUAUUGACGAGUUUGGCGCCCAACGUAAGCGGAAGGAUAUGUUUGUAAACCAUACCCCAAGAGACUUCGACAUGCGCGCACCACAGAGCGUCGAAGUGUAUCGACCCUCGACGUCUUCUUCAAACGAAAACUACUCACGCCCUCGAAUCAACAGUCGGAAUAGCCACAGCUCAUCGGUCGGCUCUUAUCUCGAGCAGAAGCGGCUGACAGUCAACCCUGGGGCUCCGGUCGAGCUCGACUCAAGAGAAGUCGGUGUAGCCUCCACUCCUCGAAUGGCUCCAGAGGUAUAUCGUCCAAUUGCCGUUCCACCACAUCGUCGCUCGAUCUCGAGUCCAUUGACCAAGAUCAUUACCUACCAGCCACGCCAGGCACGGGCCAUCAUCUCAAAUAGCCAUCAAAGGAGGGAAGUUUGCGUGCGAAGCACCACCACGCCAAACCAUGACCAGAAAGAAAGAAAACAGUCACGUCGACAGACACCUUACAAGAUCAGCUGUCCAGAAGUGAACGCGGGUGCUCCACACGCUUCACUGGAGCCAUGGAUAACUAAGCACGAACGCGAUGCGAGUAGUACAAACAGCGACAUGCCUACCCAAGAGGAUCUUGAAAAGCUCGAGGAGGUGGCGCCGCUAGGCGUCAUCCAAAAAUACUUUGAAAGCCAGGCCGACAGUCGAGAGUCGAGUCUGAAGAGGGUGCGCCACCGUCACACACCCAGCCCACCAAAGAUGCCACUACCACAUUCGCCAGACCCGACAUUGCGCACGAAAGACCCAAUCGCUAUCUUCCCUAUGGAAGACUUGGAUCUGACGACCGACAUACCACCCGCUGUACCAGAACGUAGCCCGAAGCGUGUCACGAACCCUCGGUUCCCACUUCGCAAGGAGUCUGUCACGUCUGUGGACAGUGACUUUGCACGUGCGGCUGAAGGCCAAUUUACAGAGUACGACCAGAGGGACACGGAGAUUCAAGUUCCCAGGAAGCGGAGUCAGAUGUACGGCAGCGUAGGACAAGCCGCCCGAGCUGGCUCGUCCAACCUAGGACGGAUGGCGCCACCCAUCCUCGGCCACGAUGCACUUACUGCCAGUAGCGACCUGGGUUUGAACGAUCUCAGCUACUACCUCAAGCAUACUGGACCUAACCUGGACUCUCAAGCAACAGGCCGACAGCGAGCGAAGAGCGGACCGAAGAUCUUCAAGGUCAAGCGCAAGAGCCUUGCGGCCCGCGUCGGAUCUGUGGAAGGCUCUCCUCAGCGCGCACGCCAGAAACCAAGGGUGCCUACUUGUGCGCGCGAAAUGACCACGUCAAGUGGCGCGAAGCAUCUCAAGAUCAUCAUCCCCAGGAUAUCAGCUACAGACAACCUUAGUUUCCCCUUGGCUGUCUCCGGACCACAGCACCAGAAACAGCGCUCUCGACACAUGUCCCUCAGCUUCACCGAAGAUAUGCUCGUUCCACCUCUUGCCUCACCGGCAGUCGAGCGUGCAAUCCAAGGCUUUAGCUCUUAUGAUCGUGCAAGUCGGUCAUUCUCCGCGCCAAACAUCAUGGAUGUCGCUGCCAGUGCGAUGCGGAAGGGGAAAAGUCCUCCUAUUAGUCCGACACUGAUUCCGGUAGUGGAGCACCCGCUAGCAGAGCACCCUAUGACAAGGGAAGAGCAGACUAAAGCGAGGAAGUUGAGGGAUCUGAAGAGGAUCAGGAGGAAAGACAUACCUUCUACCAUGUCAGUGUCGACAUCGAGUCAGCAAAGGCACUCUGACACAGGACCCGGUGCGCUGCCAACGCCCAGACACACCCCAGAGCCCAUUUUCGAUUCAACGAUCGAGAUCAGAGUACUGGAAGACGAUGCAUGCACUGAAGACAGCCCGAGUGAGAAGAUGACGAGGCUGCAGGAGAGGGUGAUGCUGCUGCAGAGGCAGAAUACGGACUUGACCGCGGCAUUGGCGAAGAUUGUGGGGCUGGAGUUGGAGAACGGGGAUUUAGAGCCAGAGCAUGUACUGCAGACGUUCAGGAGGUGCAGGCAUUCGAGGACACCGAGUGGGUGGUGA